UUGGGAUUCGCUGAUGUGUAAAUGACAGCGGUGAAAAAGCGAAGGCAAACCUCGCCGUGGCCAAUAGCAGCGGUGGCUCCGUGGGCGGAGACCGGCGAUCUGAGCGGAAAUAAAGGCUCGGUGCGCAGCUUCCGAGCGGCUGUUCCUCCUCCUGCUGCUGCCCGGCUGCUGCUGCUGACCCUGCCAGAGUCCGAGACCUGUCGGAGGAGAUGGAGCAGAGCCGCGCCGGCCCCCAGAGGAAGUCCAUCCGCCCCAUAGCCGCCAUCUGCAGCAACAUGGGGAUGGGGAAGGACGGGACCCUGCCCUGGAGUUUACCAACUGAAUUCAAGUACUUCUUGGACACCAUCUCAAGAGUAUCGAGGCCAGGAAACAUGAAUUUGAUGAUCUGGGGAAGGUUGUGCUGGAACUCACAUCCACCGAAUAUGUUUCCUCUGGCCAACGCUUUGCACGUGGUGCUGAGUGAAACUAUGAGCACAGUCCCGGACCACGCGCACUUCUUGUGCCGGGAUUUUGAGAGCGCUGUGCGCCUGGCCGCCGAGCCCCCCCUGGCUGACAUCAUCGAGACCAUCUGGAUCCUCGGUGGGACACGUGUCUACGAGGAUGCCCUGAAGCACCCGUGGUGUGACCUGCUGUACCUGACAGACGUCAUGGCCGAUUUCGACUGUGACGUGUUCUUCCCCAAGUUCGACAGAGAGCUGUUUAAAUUACAGGAGACAUUUCCAGAUGUGCCAAGCGAAGUUCAAGAGGAGAAUGGCAUAAAGUUCAAGUGCCAGGUAUUCAGGAGAGACGCUGCUGACACCACGUAGAGAAAAAAAAGAAGGAAAGAAAAGCAAAAAACGGAUGCUGUCAGAAAAACAAUGUGCAUUGUGCAUCAAAAUCUACUGUUUUCAAAAUAAUCUGAAUUUGAAAAAUUCAACGUUGAAAAAGGUGACAGCCUUCCAAUGGUUUAUGAGUUUAGAAAAUCCCAAGUUGAUCUAAUUGUAUGUGAUCCCUUUCGCCACUAGGUGGCGGCAUCAGUGAGAAAAGGGACAGAAAGUCUGUCUCUGUGGUGCCUGAUUAUCAUUAUAUUUGUUACCAGCUUCAAACCCAGUAGUGUCGCCUAAAAUAUGGAUAUAUCACUACAAAAUUGCACAGUUAAGCGUCAGCGUUUAAUGAAUUGAAGGAGCUCCCCCCGUCCAUCGUGGCCAUGGGCUUCGUCUGGUUCAGAAUCAGUAACUGAUGACUCAGAGAUGGUGUUUUUUUCUAUAUUAUAUUUUUACUUUCAUUGCUUUUUUCUAGAUGUUAAUGUUUUUUAUAAGGCAUGCCGGGUAAUGAAGAGUUAUUUCUCAAGAUCUUUCUUCUUUGCUUAUUUAAUGUCAUCAUCAUAGUUUCCAUCAGAUCAAAGGGUGGAAUGACUGUCUGGCUUUUACCUUUGCCUUUCUUUGGCCUAUCAUCUCCUCAGCUGGCUGGUCAUUUCCAGGGGGAAAAAAACAAAAAAACAUUAUUUAUACAAAAGGCCAGAGUAUUUUUUAUCUUAGUUUUUAAAUAAGAAAGCAUGAAAACCUAUUCGAGCAAAUCACGUAGAGGAAAUUGUGACCCUCUGGAUAAACAAUUGAACGAUCAGGUUCAAACAACUGUCCAUGUUAGGGUUUUUUCCUUAUCUUUCCUAACUUGAACGCUUGUAAGUUCAAAUUAACCACAAAGACACACACGCGUUGUCUCUCCUGACUUCUGCUGAAGGGGAGAGCUCUCUCAGGUCGAGAUUCAUGCAACUCCGGAGCUCCUGCUGCAGCUGUCUGUUUUUAUGGAGGCAUUGAAACUGGGGGGGACAAUUGUCUCACAACAUAUGGCAAUGCCCAUAUGGAAAAGUAAAAUCAACAAGCCUCUGGAUCAUGAUAAGUGCAUGACCCAAAACAUUCCAAAAUAUAAAAGUGUAGUGACACAAAAGACAAAAGUGAGAACUUUAUGACCUGAGACAUUCCAUGUAGUAGCAAAGUGAGACACGAUACAUUUUAUGAGGUAACUACAAUAGAUCUCUAGCAGUCCUUCUUUCUACUUUUCAUUUCUGCUUGAAUUUUUAGAAAGUUUCCCUUUUUUUUGGUGACUCCCAUGUUUUUUUCCUGUGCCUUUUCCACAAACAUAUUAAUAGAGUGAAUGAAAAUGUAUAUAUAUAAGAACAUGCAAGAAUAAUCUGUCCGAAGGACCCCUUUAAAAUAUCUAUAUUCGAUUGUAUGUGUAUUUAUACUCGUCCAAUCACGCCUCGGGGUGCUUUGUGAAAGCAUUGAAUAAUGGUACAGUUUUAUAAGGAGGGGAUUAACACAAGGUGGAAGGCAGUCUGUUUCACGCUGACUGAGGAUUUACUGUACUGCUGACAGUGAAGCAAGAUUUAACUGAAUUGUGUUUUAUUUGCACAAACAAAGUGGAUUUGUGUACAGCAAGAGUUACAGAGAGCUUCAUCUCUUGGCUACCCUCACAAUUUCCAUAUCUGUAUUGCUGCAAGAGCCUUUAAAGCUAAGAUUAGUCAUCUGUAUCCCAAAGCUUUCUGUGUGUUCUUCCUUUAAUUAUAAUCUAUUGCAUUAGGUACAUCUGCAUAAUCUACGGAUCAUCUCUUGAUUUCAUACUGUGAAAUAUAUAGAUUUCAUAGAUCUUUUUAAAGCUCUUGUAAGUAUUUCUGAUUUUAUUAAAAAUGUUAUGAUGCUGAC